ACAACCCCGAUUUUUCUUUCGCUUCUUCUUUUUGUAAUUAGAGCUAAUUUCCUUCUUAAUAUUCUCUUUCUCAAGUUAAUAAGAACAAAAAAAAAAAGAUUCAAUUUUCCACGGAAGAGAAAAUGGUGAGUUUGAUUUGGUAUUUGAUGAUGUUUGUGUGUGAGAAAGAGGUGUGCUUAUCAUGUGCAGGAGGAGGCGAGUGUGAGAGAUUUAGAGAGAGAAGAGUGGUCUCAGAGAGGAUUUUUUUGUGUAUUAGGGUCUGUUUCCCCCCACGUCCCUCGCUUUCCGUUCUCUCGCCCGGCGUUUCUUCUCCAUCUCUAUUUUAUGGAGCGAAAGCUCGUGGUUUUGGGGAUUCCAUGGGAUGUUGAUACUGUCGGAUUGAGGGAGUAUAUGAGCAAAUUUGGGGACUUGGAGGAUUGUAUUGUCAUGAAGGAGAGGUCAACUGGCAGAUCUCGUGGUUUUGGAUACGUAACAUUUGCAUCGGUUGAAGAUGCUAAGAAUGCACUAUCAAAUGAACAUUUCCUUGGAAACAGAAUGCUGGAAGUAAAAGUUGCUACACCAAAGGAGGAAAUGAGGGCACCUGCCAAGAAAGUGACCAGAAUAUUUGUCGCUAGGAUUGCUCCAUCUGUGACAGAAGCAACCUUCCGUAGUCAUUUUGAGAAGUAUGGCGAAAUUACAGACUUGUACAUGCCCAAGGAUCAAGGCUCAAAAGCACACCGGGGAAUUGGGUUUAUUACUUUUGCAAGUGCUGAUUCUGUGGAAACUUUGAUGAUGGAUACUCAUGAAUUGGGAGGUUCCUCUGUAGUUGUUGACCGUGCAACACCCAAGGAGGAUGACUUCAGGCCAGUAGGCAGAAUGUCACAAGGUGGAUAUGGUGCGUACAGUGCUUAUAUUUCAGCAGCUACUAGAUAUGCCGCGCUAGGUGCUCCGACAUUAUAUGAUCAUCCAAGUUCUGUAUAUGGAAGAGAACCCAUGCGUGGGAUGGGUAAAAAGAUUUUUGUUGGUAGGCUUCCUCAGGAAGCUACUGUUGAUGAUCUUCGCCAAUAUUUUGGUAGAUUUGGUCGUAUAUUAGAUGUUUAUGUUCCCAAGGAUCCUAAGAGAGCUGGCCAUAGAGGUUUUGGUUUUGUGACUUUUGCUGAAGAUGGUGUGGCAGAUCGUGUAUCUCGAAGAACUCAUGAGAUUUGUGGACACCAGGUUGCAAUAGAUUCAGCCACACCUCUUGAUGAUGCCGGCCCUAGCGGAAACUUCAUGAUGAAUACUGCUGCUGAAUCUUUUGGAGGUUAUGGUGGUCCUGUGCGCACUUACGGCAGAAUGUAUGGCAGCAUGGAUUUUGAUGACUGGGGUUAUGGAAUGGGAAGUGGGAGACCAUCAAGGGCAGAGUGGAGGUACAGACCCUACUAAGAAUUGCUGCAUUGGAAA